AUGAGAGACUUCCUGGUGGGACGUGUCCGGCCCGCGGUGUGUGAGGACGCUGCCGCUGCUGGCAACUGUGAGGACGCUGCUGGCAACUGUGAGGACGAUGCUGGGAACUGUGAGGACGCUGCUGGCAACUGUGAGGACGCUGCUGGCAACUGUGAGGACGCUGCUGGGAACUGUGAGGACGCUGCUGGGAACUGUGAGGACGCUGCUGGCAACUGUGAGGACGCUGCUGGCAACUGUGAGGACGCUGCUGGCAACUGUGAGGACGCUGCUGGCAACUGUGAGGACGCUGCUGGCAACUGUGAGGACGCUGCUGGCAACUGUGAGGACGCUGCCGCUGCUGGCAACUGUGAGGACGCUGCUGGCAACUGUGAGGACGCUGCCGCUGCUGGGAACUGUGAGGACGCUGCUGGGAACUGUGAGGACGCUGCUGGGAACUGUGAGGACGCUGCCGCUGCUGGCAACUGUGAGGACGCUGCUGACAACUGUGAGGACGCUGCUGGGAACUGUGAGGACGCUGCUGGCAACUGUGAGGAUGCUGCCGCUGCUGGGAACUGUGAGGACGCUGCUGGGAACUGUGAGGACGCUGCCGCUGCUGGCAACUGUGAGGACGCUGCUGGCAACUGUGAGGAAGCUGCUGGCAACUGUGAGGACGCUGCUGGCAACUGUGAGGACGCUGCUGGCAACUGUGAGGACGCUGCUGGCAACUGUGAGGACGCUGCUGGCAACUGUGAGGACGCUGCUGGCAACUGUGAGGACGCUGCUGGCAACUGUGAGGACGCUGCUGGCAACUGUGAGGACGCUGCUGGCAACUGUGAGGACGCUGCUGGCAACUGUGAGGACGCUGCUGGCAACUGUGAGGACGCUGCUGGCAACUGUGAGGACGCUGCUGGCAACUGUGAGGACGCUGCUGGCAACUGUGAGGACGCUGCUGGCAACUGUGAGGACGCUGCUGGCAACUGUGAGGACGCUGCUGGCAACUGUGAGGACGCUGCUGGGAACUGUGAGGACGCUGCUGGCAACUGUGAGGACGCUGCUGGGAACUGUGAGGACGCUGCUGGGAACUGUGAGGACGCUGCUGGGAACUGUGAGGACGCUGCUGGCAACUGUGAGGACGCUGCUGGCAACUGUGAGGAGGAGGACGCUCCUGGGAACUGUGAGGAAGUGGACGCUGCUGGGAACUGUGAGGACGCUGCUGGGAACUGUGAGGAAGUGGACGCUGCUGGGAACUGUGAGGAAGUGGACGCUGCUGGGAACUGUGAGGAAGUGGACGCUGCUGGCAACUGUGAGGACGCUGCUGGGAACUGUGAGGACGCUGCUGGCAACUGUGAGGACGCUACUGGGAACUGUGAGGAAGUGGACGCUGCUGGGAACUGUGAGGAAGUGGACGCUGCUGGGAACUGUGAGGAAGUGGACGCUGCUGGGACCUGUGAGGAAGUGGACGCUGCUGGGACCUGUGAGGAAGUGGACGCUGCUGGGACCUGUGAGGAAGUGGACGCUGCUGGGAACUGUGAGGAAGUGGACGCUGCUGGGACCUGUGAGGAAGUGGACGCUGCUGGGACCUGUGAGGAAGUGGACGCUGCUGGGAACUGUGAGGAAGUGGACGCUGCUGGGAACUGUGAGAACGCUGCUGGGACCUGUGAGGAAGUGGACGCUGCUGGGACCUGUGAGGAAGUGGACGCUGCUGGGAACUGUGAGGAAGUGGACGCUGCUGGGAACUGUGAGAACGCUGCUGGGAACUGUGAGGAAGUGGACGCUGCUGGGAACUGUGAGAACGCUGCUGGGAACUGUGAGGAAGUGGACGCUGCUGGGAACUGGGGCAACAAUCACUUCAAGACGACCUAA